AUGGCUUCAAAAUAUUACCCUACAAGACAAGAUAAUGAAGCGUUGCUUAGUGCAAUGACUAAAAUUCCAAGAGAUGACAACGAAGACGAGCUUCAAAAUAUUACCCUACAAGACAAGAUAAUGAAGCGCUACAUUUUGAUAUUCCUUUCGACACAAAAGGCUAAAAUUCCAAGAGAUGACAACGAAGAAGAGCUUCAAAAUCUUACUCUACAAGAUAAUGAAGCUAAAAUUCCAAGAGAUGACAACGAAGAAGAGCUUCAAAAUCUUACCCUACAAGAUAAUGAAGCUAAAAUUCCAAGAGAUGACAACGAAGAAGAGCUUCAAAAUCUUACCCUACAAGAUAAUGAAGUGUUGCUUGGUGCAAUGGUUCCUUUCGCCAUGAAGGACUAA